AUGAUCCGCAACGGAGCAGAGGCGCGCCCGGCUCACCUUACGAUCAACCUGCCCUGCCUCCCCGACCUCCUCUGCUUUCUCUGCCUCGCCUUCUCCCCUACCUCCCCUUCUCCUCUCCCUCCCCUACCUCCUCCUCUGCCCCCCUACCUCCUCCUCUGCCCCCCUACCUCCCCUACCUCCUCUGCCUCAUCUACCUCCCCUACCUCCUCUGCCCCCCUACCUCCCCUACCUCCUCUGCCUCCUCUACCUCCUCUGCCCCCCUACCUCCCCUACCUCCUCUGCCUCAGCUACCUCCUCUGCCCCCUCUACCUCCCCUACCUCCUCUGCCUCAGCUACCUCCUCUGCCCCCUCUACCUCCCCUACCUCCUCUGCCUCAGCUACCUCCUCUGCCCCCUCUACCUCCCCUACCUCCCCUACCUCCCCUACCACCUCUGCCUCAUCUACCACCUCUGCCUCAUCUACCUCCUCUGCCUCCUCUACCUCCUCUGCCCCCCCCUACCUCCCCUACCUCCUCUGCCUCAGCUACCUCCUCUGCCCCUCUACCUCCCCUUCUCCUCUGCCCCCCUACCUCCCCUACCUCCUCUGCCUCCUCUACCUCCUCUGCCCCCCUACCUCCCCUACCUCCUCUGCCUCAGCUAUCUCCUCUGCCCCUCUACCUCCCCUACCUCCCCUACCACCUCUGCCUCAUCUACCUCCUCUGCCUCCUCUACCUCCUCUGCCCCCCUACCUCCCCUACCUCCUCUGCCUCAGCUACCUCCUCUGCCCCCUCUACCUCCCCUACCUCCUCUGCCUCAGCUACCUCCUCUGCCCCCCUACCUCCCCUACCUCCUCUGCCUCAGCUACCUCCUCUGCCCCCCUACCUCCCCUACCUCCUCUGCCUCAGCUACCUCCUCUGCCCCUCUACCUCCCCUACCUCCUCUGCCUCAGCUACCUCCUCUGCCCCUCUACCUCCCCUACCUCCUCUGCCUCAGCUACCUCCUCUGCCCCUCUACCUCCCCUACCUCCUCUGCCUCAGCUACCUCCUCUGCCCCCCUACCUCCUCUGCCUCAGCUACCUCCCCUACCUCCUCUGCCUCAGCUACCUCCUCUGCCCCCCUACCUCCUCUGCCUCAGCUACCUCCUCUACCUCCUCUGCCUCCCCUUCUCCCCUUCUCCUCUACCUCCUCUGCCUACAGUAAAAGACCACAGUUAA